AUGGGGACAAAUCUUUUGGGCUUGACACUGCUGUGGAGGAAGCUCAACGAGCAAUCAACGCAGCUAAUGCUGAAUCAGAGAGUAAUGAGAAUGAGAAAGGAACAUGGUCACAUGGUGAUUGUUCUUGCUGAAGGAGCAAGACAAGAUUUGAUGUCCAAAAGCAUGGAAUCUAAUACUCUCAAGGACGCGUCUGGUAAUCAAGUUCUUAAAGAUGUCGGCUUCUGGCUAUCACAAAGCAUCAAGGAUCCUUUUAAGAAGAUUCAGAUGGUGAUGAAUCUCAAAUACAUUGAUCCAACAUACAUGAUCUGGGCUGUUCUAAGCAAUGCAUCAGACAAUGUCUACUGUACACUUCUUGCUCAGAGUGUGGUUCAUGGCGCAAUGGCUGGUUACACUGGCUACACCAGUGGUCUUGUCAAUGGAAGACAGACAUACAUCCCUUACUACAGAAUAACAGAGAAACAGAACAAUGUGGUGAUUAUGUUCUGGAAAGUGGGAUUUAAAAUAAAGUUGUACUUACCUUUAGUUUCUUUACGUGGAUAUGACUACCAGAUAUCCAUGGUGUUUUCGAUGGAGUCAUCGAGAAUAUGCAUUUGCAUUGGAAACACAGAGAAUUGGCGAAGCUUAUAUCAAAAUAGAAGAGUCUUGCGGUUCUCGAGGAGACAGCUGGGUUACUAG